AUGAGUCCACUCAGCACACUCGGAAUCGACUUCGGCAGCACGAGCACCCGAGCCUUUCUCUGGUGUCCAGAAGAAAACAAGGAGUAUUACAUCGAGAGCACAAGCAAAGCCAGGAAUAAUCAUCGAUUCUCCGCUGGCGACUUUUCGUCGGUUGGCUAUCCUUUUGAUGACGGCGAAGUCUAUCUGGGCCAGAAAAUCGAUGCUUCUCGGCAGUCAAUCUCGCUGAAAUACGCCUUCUACGUAUUGGCCAAUGCACCAGCCGACCUUGCGAGCCAAUACCAGGUGUCCGAACCUCUUCGCCGCCGUCAGAGGGAGCCGGAUUUCUUGGUUCGGUUACAAGAAGGAAUAAGUCAGCUCUUCAAUACGAUAUACCAUCGUGUUGUCGAAGUAUGCAGAGAGGAGAGGCUCCGAGUCACCACCAUUGGCUUAUCCGUCCCGUCACAGUGGACCUUGGACUUUAUGGACCUUUAUCGAGGCAUUGUCAGUGACGCAUUCAGACACGACCCAAAAUCUAUCUACUUUGUCACAGAGGUAGAAGCACUUGCACAUUUCUUAUUCGCAAGGAAGGUGAAUCGCUUGAUUCCACUGGAGGACAGUGUUCAAAAUGCCAUUGUGGUAAUACUCGAUUUCGGGGGCCACACCAUGCUUCUCCACAAGAACACUUGCACGCUCAAGCUUGUGCAUGACUCCAAUGGGCUUCCUGCUUUCUAUCUAAUUGGAGAGCCUGAAGGUGUAUCAGGAGGGAGCGAGCUAUGGGAAUUGCUCUUGGUCGAGACGAGUCUGGAAAUCUUGCAGCGCGAACAUAAUAUCGUGCCAUCUGGUGCGAAUAGACAAAAACUUCUCGAUUCGAUCAAUAAUGCCAAAUACGAACUGGGACCACAGUACGAGAACAAGGAUUUUGAUCAUAUUGUUCGAGACGGCAAGAAGGAUUACAUGAUUGGUCUUGAUGAGUCAUGUGUAACAAACUGUUUUGACAAAGCCCUCAGAAAGCCCCUGGCUUUGGCCGCUACCCGAAUCAGAGAUGCUGCAACAACUCUGAAGCUGGACAAUCAGAUUGAUGCUCCGGAUAUUAUGCUUAAACCACGAGUCAUUUUGUCCGGGGGUACCGCAAGCCAUCAGGGUCUUGCAAGAAUGAUCGAGGACAUAUGCCGCAGAAACGGGCUUGAUAAGCACGUUGCAACGGACGAUAUCAGAAUCCAUUACGACUCUGUGAAAAUUGCCAGCGGUGCUGCAUUUGCUGUUGCCUCUUCCCUGACAGUGGAGAAGUUCUUGCAAAGAGGUGCAGCUUUCGGUCUCCAGAUGCGACAGCCGGUGAAUCCGGGCAGUACGGAGUCAGAGCAUAAAUGGGACAAUACAGCAUAUUUUCUGUGGAGCUUGCGGAAGCCGAAUCAACCGCUUGACAUUUUUGUUACGGGAAGAGACGAACUGAAGAUUAUUUGUGACCCAUUCUUCGAAAAAGAACAUGGGAACCAAAAGAAAGAAUUGCACUAUGACAAGUGUUACGACUUUGUUUCCCUCGGACGACCUACCAAAGGAACCUGGACCUUUUCAUUGGACCUAGUUGGUGAAGAUGAUAAGAUACGGCUAAUCAUCCGCACAUCGAGGCAAUUUGGCAAUUCGAGACCGCAGUCAUACGAACCUGUCGGCCUUUUAUUGCACUAUAAUCGAGGUAGUAACAGUAUACAUCCUGGUAGGGAAUCCUGUGACUCUACCGAGGAUCCAGACAUCUUGGCCCUCAAGUACUAUCCGGAACGUGUACGAGAGCAGGAGCAAGAUACACGAGAUCUUGUGGUCCCUGGCACACGACGUAUGGUUGCUCGCCGAGGGAGGAGUCGGAAGAUGCCUCGAUCCACCACUUUCCCGGACAGGGUAGCUCGACGGGGGGCGCGCCGCUGUUAA